AUGACUCAAUCAUUGGUAAGUACAGACUAAUAAACAACGGAAUAUGUUUAAAUAUGUUUACAUUUAUAUAUUUUAACCGUCGGAUUUUAUUUUGCACAGGGAAUCGCUAACAUUGUCGGUUCGGCCGUCAACAGUUUGAACCCGGGUAAUUAUGAAGCUAUGUAUAGAAAAGUUAGAGCACUGCCGGUGACGAAAACAAGUCACUUAAACGUCGUCGCCGGGGUAAUACACUCUAAAGUAAGAACGAUUAUAGAUGAUAAUUGUCGAGCACGGAUAUUUUUGAACGUGGUCAAUGAUCGUAAUGUCGCGUGUAUUACAUCCCGUUUAGGCUUUGGCACGUCCGAAAUAUAUCAAGUUGUAUGCGGCAAUGUGCGCUAGGUUGAUUAAGGGCGGCUUUAACAAUGCGCAUCCCGAUGAUUCUGGGCCGGCAUUCCAAACUGCAUUGCUGCCGAAAUGUUACGAUAAUCUUAAAGAAUGUUGCAAGAUUUCCGAGGUACCGACAGUGCUUGUUAAGCAUUUGCGUAAAAUUAUACGAGUGUAAUGGUAUUUAAAUUCUUUUCCAAGAAUUUAAUACGUAAUUUAAAAUACUCUUUAUUUAUAAGUAUUGGAAUACAUUUUAAAUAGUUUUUUCUACUAUUGAAUACAGGAGUAUUAAAUACCUAACCUCAAAUACUUUUUCUGAGAAUUUUUAAUUUUAAAUAUUUUGGAAUUGUCGUUCAAAUUCAACGAUCAAGUCUAAAAUCGUAAUAUAGGUAGGUACCCUGUCGACAGUGCACGACACCGUCGCGUCUCAUUGACUAUGGAUAAAUAAUAUGAUUUUUGUCAAGAGGACGCCACACCGACACAUAACAAACGCGACCCAUGGCAAAUUUGCGUUCAGUAGGAUACAUUUAACAUUUAGUUAAAAUAUCGAAAGACGGUAGAGCAUGCAUUACCAUUAAGAAGUUUGGUAACAAGUUAAUUUGCUUUACUGAACUCAAAUGUGCUGUCUUGCGUUUGCAAGAUACGGUAAAAUAUAUCGGUGUGGCGUCCUUUCAAGAUGAUAAUAAUAAUACUGCCGAAUAACUGAGUUAGAAUUGUUAUAAAUUAUAAUUUUAUUAUUAAUUUAUCAUUUGUUUAACGGCGGUUAGGCCAGCACACCCACUUUUUCUCCGAUAAUUCGUGCACUAUUUUCAAAUCAAACAUUUUGUAUUAAUAGUCGAAUACAGUAAUCACAAACAUUUAUAUUAUAAAUAUAUCUGGACUGUCCAUAAAAAUAUGUCUCUGGUCAAUCUAUCAGUUGNACUGUGCUAACCUAGUAGCGUACGUGUUUUGGGUUUACAGUAUUUUUUGAUUAUAGAUAAUAAUGUGAUACUUAUUGGUCAUUUGGACAUUCGCAAAAUGACUAUGGUCUAUUGCUCGAGUUUUAUUAAUGUACUAUAAGCACAUAUUUUUCAAAUUUAUUUUUUAUAACACCGGCCACUGGGUACCGACACAAAAUCUCAUAGUAAAUUCAGAUUCCCGUAUAAAAACUAUGUUAUAAAUACUCUUAUAAUCUUGUUUUAGACGAGACAAUGCACGGAACGCCGAACCAAUGAAUUCGUAACGAAUUGUCAGUAAGUUCUCAAUAUUUAUAAAUAUAAUAUACACCGAGAAUGUUUUACAUUUUUUCCAUAUUAUUUAUGUGUUUUGCGCCGUUUUAUAGGUUCAUAGGCGAACUGUUCAAAUUAGGGGUUUAUCUCAAAGAAAUGGUAUGGUCGUACGUAAACGAACUGGUGAAUAAAAACAGUUGUAAAGUACAAGUACGAUGCUUAUGCGCACUCUUGAGGUUGGUCAGGCCGAAUCUGUCGGAGGUAAAAUACGCAUUUAUAUAAAAAAAUUAAAUAACAUAAAUUGCGUAUUCGAUAAUAACGCAUGUUAAAAUCAAUAGACUUGCUUCGCGCCAAGGGAGAUGUUAUUGGAAAGGAAAGAAAAUUUAAACUGUAUAACUACUGUUGAACCCGACGUGCUCGACGACAAAAAUGGCACUUCCGUCACCGAGUACAGUGAAGAAGUAACUGGCGAUUUAAUGCAGCCCGCGAUCGAAUCAUCGGUCGAUUCGGUCGAUCCGGAACCCGGUAGUGGUUCCAUUGUCACAUCCGAUUAUCACGAUAUCACCGCCAAUAACGCACCGCUUAGGUCCAGUGAGGCGAAAGGUGUUUUCGCAUAUCCUCAGCGUUAUUACGCUAUAUUGAACCAUAGUUCGGUUGGAUUCCCGCUGACGGGAAAUUUAUUUUCACCAUUAACUCAAAAAAGUAUUACUUCGAAACAUGAACCGUAG